UCUGGAAUGUGGGAGUUUUGGGCCGAACUUCCGGUGUUUUCAGUGUUUUCUCGCGGUUGGGAGGAUCAUCUUUGGUUCUGCAGAGAGACGCGGGUUGCAGCUGCAGCAGCAGCAGCAGCAGAGAUGGUGGUGGAACUUUAUCUGGACCUUUUCUCGCAGCCAUGUCGCUCCGUCUUUAUUUUUGCGAAGAAAAACAACAUCCCCUUCGAGUUCAAGAAGGUUUCUCUGAUGGACGGUGAACAUUUUGGAGAUGAAUUUGGGAAAAUCAGCAAGAUCAGGAAGGUUCCAGCACUUCGAGACGGAGACUUCUGCCUGGCUGAGAGCGUCGCCAUCAUGCUCUACCUGGCAGAGAAGUUCGGGACUCCGGACCGCUGGUACCCGGCCGACCUGCGGCUGCGCUGCCGGGUCAACGAGUUUCUGUCCUGGCAGCACAUGGCCAUCCGGAUGCACGGCUCCAAGAUGUUCUGGAUGCGGCUCAUGAUUCCUAAGAUCAUGGGGAUCGACGUCCCGAAGGACAAGAUGGACGGAGCGCUGGAGGACCUGAACGCCUCGCUGAACCUCAUUGAGGACAACUUCCUCCAGGACCGGCCCUUCAUCGUGGGGGACCAGAUGUCUCUGGCCGACCUGGUGGCCAUCGUGGAGGUCAUGCAGCCGCUGGGCGCCGGGCUGGACGUGUUCGAGGGCCGAGCGAAGCUGAGCGCCUGGCGGGACCGAGUGCAGGCCGCCAUCGGGAAGGAUCUGUUCGACGAGGCCCACCAGGUCAUCCUGGGGGCUCAGGACGCCAUGAAGCAGGUGGAUCCCAGCAAACUGGAGCUUUUCAAGCCAAAGAUCCUCCGGCUGUUCUUCUGAAUCAAACCGAUGUCGUGAUGAAGCCUCACCCUCUGCUCAACCUUCCUCUAAUGAUCCUGCUUAUGUAAGGCUGGAGGCCUGGGAAACAAACGGGAUUAUGUAACCGAGGAGUGAAAUAUGAUGCUUCUCUGAGGUUUCUGGAAUGUCUGUCAUUAAGCAAUCAGUUCUGAUUCAUAAUCUUUUUACUGUUUCAUUUAAUCUGUGGUAAUCCUGAACUUCUGAUAAACUUUAAGUCACAGUUUGGCUCAUUGGUGUUUGGAGUUUUGAAGAUAAUAAGAAAUGUGAACUUAAAAACUUUUAAGAUCAGGAAAAAUGGCCUCUGUUGUAAAGGAAUGGGGAGGUGCUGCCCCCUGGUGGUGGAAGUGACGUAGCUGCAGUUGGAAGUUGAUCAUUUCUUCAACUUUAAGAACCAAAAACAACCAAAUAAAAUGAUAAAAGAAUAAAAAAUCUGCCUGUUAUGAAA